AUGUCAAAAAAGGAGAUUCCCAAUAUUAUAGAAUUUAAAGACGAAGUAGAUGAUAUAGAAGAUAUUGAUGGUGAUAAUGAAAGCAUAUAUACUGAUAAUUUCAACUCUUAUAAGGAUCUCGAUUCAAGAUUAUUAAAUCAAUUAGAAAAUCUAGGAUUUGUGAAAAUGACUAGAACACAGAAGAUAGUAAUACCGAAAGUAUUAACUGAGAAAGAUAUACUAAUUAGAGCACCAACUGGUACAGGUAAAACCUUGUCAUUUUUAGUACCUGCAAUUCAAUUAUCACUACUAAAAGAUAAUAGCAACUCAAUAAAACGGAGUAAUGGAACCUACAUAUUAAUAAUAACACCUACAAGAGAACUUUGUAUACAAACCAUGAGAACAGCUCAGAAAUUAAUGCAAAAAAUGCCUUGGUGUGUAGUUGGGAGUAUAUGUGGUGGUGAAAAACGAAAAAGUGAAAAAGCUCGUUUAAGAAAAGGCAUAACAAUAUUAGGUGGUACUCCUGGAAGACUUUUAGAUCAUAUCGACUCAACUAGUUGUUUUAAUACAGCAAAUUUGAAGACUUUAAUUUUAGAUGAGGCUGAUAGAUUACUAGAAGAAGGCUUUGGAUCUACUUUUAAAAGAAUAUAUUUACAUAUAAUGAACAAUAAUAGUAGCUUGUCAGAAUACCAGCAGUUGAAUACAAAGAAAUCUAAGAUUGAUAAUGAGAUUGAAGAUUAUUCUUCAAUGUUGUUAAAUAUUAAACAUGAUAAACUUAAGGAAUUUAAUAAUAAUGAAGCUAACAAAAAAAUCUCUAGGCAAGUGAUUUUAAUAUCUGCUACUUUAUCUAAACCAGUAGAAGAUUUAGCAAGGUAUUGUUUAAAAAAUGACCCUCAGUGGGUUAUACUUGACCAAUACAAAGAAAUUAAAUAUGAAAAUCAAUUGAAUGAAUACCCAAGUGAUUCAAGUCAAAGCAAUAAAACAUUCAAUAGCAAUGUAAAGGGAAUAUUUUCUGUUCCAAUAAAUUUAAGUCAAGAGUGUGUUAUUAUACAAGAUAAAUAUCGAAUACCAGCAUUAAUUUCUCUAUUAUUAUCUAGAACAAUUAAAAAACAGCGCAUAGUUGUAUUUGUAUCAAGUACACAAGUAGUUGAGUACUAUUAUGCAAUUUUGCAAAGUAUACGUUGGCCCUCAGAUAUAUUGAUUAAAGGAGGACCUAAAAUUAAGAAAUUCAUACAGAUCCUUGAGAAUUCAAAGAUUGAAAAUCAAAAUAAUGGGGUAAAUUGUAAAAGUAAAUUUGAAAAUCUUAAAUAUGCAGUAAAUAAAGGGAGGCCAUUUAAUAAGAAAAGAUGGAGAAAGAAUGAUACUAACAUUAGUGAUGAUUCUAGUGAUGACUCUAAUGAAUCAUAUAAUGACUCGUUAAAAUAUACUAGUAGCUUAGAUGACAAUCUUGACUUAACAUCUAAAUCUAGAAAUAAAUGGCUAACUACAAACACCAGAUUAAAGGAAUUAUAUGAAAGUAUGUUUGAAAGUUAUAUAUUUCAUAACUCAAUCCAUGAUGAUGAGUUUAAUGAUGAAAAAAUAAUAUUAGAUAGAGAUAAUUGUGCUUCGAUUUAUAUGUUACAUGGGCAUAUGGCAAAGGAAGAUCGUAUUGGACAAUUAAAGUCAUUUGAAAAUAACAAAAAAAGUAGCAUAUUAAUUACCUCUGAUGUUGCAAGUCGUGGAUUAAAUUUUCCUAAAAUUGAUUUAGUUAUUCAAUUUGAUCCACCACAAAGUAUAGAAGAAUAUGUACAUAGAAUUGGUAGAACUGCACGCAUGGGAGAAAAAGGCACUGGGAUAAUAUUUUUACGACCAUCCGAAAAGGAAUACAUAGAUAUUUUGAAGACAUAUGGAAUAUUAAGCGAUAAUGAGGAUAUAAUUAUGCUAAGCAAUACGACUAUAUGGGAGGGUUUCAUUGUAUCAAAUAGAAAUAGUGGGAAGAUUGAUGAUAUUCCUGGAUUUUACUAUUCCAUUAUAAAUAAAAUUUUAACAUUGGACCCAUAUGAUACUCAUUGCGAGUUAUUAAAUAAGGCUAGAAGAGCAUAUAUGGCAUUUAUAAGGUCCUAUUGUAGUUAUGAUAAUGAACUAUCAAAAGUAUUUUGCAUUAAAAAAUUACACCUAGGUCAUGUUGCUUCUUCUUUUGGAAUAAAUGAACAUCCUAAUAAAAUAAUUAGUCAUAUAAAGCUAUUGGAUGGAGUUAGUAUAUCAUGGAAUAAUAAAUCUAAAUUGAUGUUGGUAAAAAGUAAGGAAAAGAGAAAUGGAAUUCAAUUAAACUCUGAGAUCUCAGAUGACUCUACUUAUAAAAAAAAAGUUGUUUCUUUAGAAGAUGUUAGUAAUGUCAAAUUAAGCGAUAAAGAUAGAAUUAACAAACCUAAAAUAAAUAGGAGUAAUUUAGAGGAGAAAUAUAAUAAAAAGAUUAAAAAGAAGUCAACUAGGGAUUCCACCUUGAAGGGAACUAACAAGGUAGGAACAGAGAGAGACCCCAGGGUAAACCCAGAUAAUUUGGUUGCAAUUGAUAAAGUACUAUCAAUUAUGAGAAGUAGGAAUGAGAUAUAUAAUCUUAAUGUGAAUACUUAA